CUUUAGCGGCACCGGCUAGGAAACAGUGCUGGGAAACUUUCCCGCGCCCUCUUUCUUGUAUCACUGUCCCGUGACUGCUACUAUCUUUACUGUACAUACCUACUACUAGCUAUUUAUUUUUCAUAAACCACCAUGAGGCGUACAAGAAGUUCGAGAAGCAAAAGUCAGAGUGCACAAGAAACUAAAGAAGUCCAGUCAAAAACAGUGUGGCAGUGGAAAGGAGAUGAAGAUCAGUGGGAACCAUACUCGCCUUCAGCCUGCGCCUUGUUGGACUCGGCCUUCUCUUCAGGGAAAACGUCUGUCACUCUGUCUCUGGGCUCUGGGACGCCCUACGAAGUCGACCUGAAGAAGAUGGUCCAGAUUAAUCCUCUCACCAAGUACAAGAGGAAGAUUCGCUCUCAGACAGUAAAACCAGAAAGUUUGAAUGACGCUGCUGAGUUGACUGCUCAGAAGGAGAGGCCAGUUCAGGUUAAAGAGGAAGAGGAGGAGACGGAAAAGCAGCCUGCAGCUAAGAGGAAGAGAGGGCAGAGCAAGAGUCAGACAACAACGGAGAAAAUGCCCAGAGAAGAAAUAAAAAGUGGAGAGGUUGUGAGGACAGUUGUCAUGAAGGGAAAAGCUCCGGUGGACGUUGAAUGUAAAGCCAAACUUGGAAAGGCUCAUGUUUACAAUGAAGGAAAUGAUGUUUACGACGUGAUGCUAAAUCAGACAAAUCUUCAGUUUAACAACAACAAAUACUACCUGAUCCAGCUGUUGGAAGACGACAACUCCAAGGCUUACAGUGUGUGGAUGAGAUGGGGCAGAGUGGGGAAAGUGGGUCAAAGCAGUCUGACAGCCUUUGGUGUAGACCUGCUGAAAGCCAAAGAUGUCUUCAAGAAAAAGUUUUUAGACAAGACCAAGAAUGAGUGGGAACACCGAGCGAGUUUUGAGAAAGUAGCUGGAAAAUAUGACAUGGUGUUCGUGGACUACAGCACCAGUGAAAAGGAGAAGAACCAGACAGCAGUGGAUGUUGCACCCAAAAAGAGGCCCUCCAAGCUGGACGUGAGGCUCCAGUCACUCCUGGAGUUAAUCUGUGACCUCAAAGCCAUGGAGGAGUGUGUGCUGGAGAUGAAGUUUGACACCCGGAAAGCCCCUCUUGGCAAGCUUACCUCAGAGCAGAUCCGUGCAGGCUACACGGCACUGAAGAAAAUUGAGGACUGUUUGAAGAAGAAGGGCAGCAGUCGCGACCUGCUGGAAGCAUGCAACCAGUUCUACACCCGCAUCCCUCAUGACUUUGGGUUGAAAACUCCUCCAAUCAUUUGUACAGAAGAUGAGCUGAAGGAAAAAAUUGCACUGUUGGAGGCUCUGAGUGACAUUCAGAUAGCAGUGAAAAUGGUUCAAUACAGUGAAGACAGUGACGAACAUCCUCUGGACAGACAGUACAGCUCCCUCCGGUGCCGAAUGCAGCCUCUGGCCUCCAGCAGCCAUGAGUACACGGUGAUAGAAAAGUAUCUACAGUCCACCCACGCCCCCACCCAUCGUGACUACACCAUGACUGUGCUUGACAUCUUCUCAGUGGACCGAGACGGGGAGAGUAACAACUUCCUCUCACAGAUGCACAACAGGAAUCUGUUGUGGCACGGUUCCCGCCUUACUAACUAUGUCGGUAUCCUUAGUCAGGGGCUCCGAGUGGCCCCACCUGAAGCUCCCGUCACUGGUUACAUGUUUGGAAAAGGUAUCUACUUUGCUGACAUGUCAUCAAAGAGUGGCAACUACUGCUUUGCCAACCAGAACAACAAUGUGGGACUGCUGCUACUUUGUGAGGUUGCUCUGGGAGACUGCAACGAGCUGCUGGAUGCCGACUACGAGGCCAGCAAUCUGCCUGCUGGGAAACACAGCACCAAGGGCCUUGGACAGACCGGACCUGACCCCAAAAAACUCUGUCAAUCUGGAUGGUGUGACCGUGCCGAUGGGGCCGGGGGUGAAGACGGGGGUGGGUCAAAACAACUGUUACUCCCUCCUGUACAACGAGUUCAUCGUUUACAACCCUGCCCAGACUCGCAUGAGCAGGUAGAGGAAGAUGAGGACAAUGUCCAGGUAGAGCAUGAGAGCAGCGUUGAUGUAUUCCUCUGGAUCCAGACGGUAGCUCAUCAUCCCCAUCAUCAGCUGACAGUCGACCAUCAGGAACUGAAGGGAGGGAGAGGAGGAGGAGGAGGAAGAGUUAGGACAGGUCCCACGAUGUUCCAAGGGUGACGGCGACUGAAGGACUUGCAGAAGCUGAGGGCGGUGGCGACCACGAAGAAGAUGAUGACGGAGCUGAGGUA